UAACGGGCUACACCACCUACAUGAUCAGUGUUGCUGCUUUCAACGCGGCCGGCGAUGGGCCACGCAGCCUACCCGACCAGAGGAAGAACCCAACAAGCUGCUCCCAGUGCUCCCAGUUUCAUCCAUUUCAGUGAGCUAACCACCACCUCUGUCAACGUGUCGUGGGGCGAGCCUGUCUUCCCUAACGGCAUCCUUGAGGGUUACAGACUUAUCUAUGAGCCCUGCAUGCCUGUUGAUGAGUCCUCAGUGGCCUGUGUCGACUGUCUUCACUCCCCCUCCCCCCCAGGCGUCAGUAAGAUCGUGACGGUGGACGUAAAGGGGAACGCCCCUCUGUGGCUGAAAAUCAAAGACCUGGCGGAUGGCGUCACAUACAACUUCCGCAUUCGCGCCAAAACCUUCACCUACGGUCCAGAGGUGGAGGCCAACAUCACCACAGGACCCGGAGAAGGAGCCCCGGGACCUCCUGGUGAGCCCUUCAUCUCCCGAUAUGGCUCUGCCCUUACCAUCCACUGGACCAAUGGGGAUCCCGGGCGAGCACCUAUCACCCGCUAUGUUAUAGAGGCCAGGCCCUCGGAUGAAGGCUUGUGGGACAUCUUAAUCAAGGACAUUCCCAAGGAAGUGACAUCAUAUACCUUCAACAUGGAUAUCUUGAAACAGGGAGUCAGCUAUGACUUCCGGGUCAUCGGGGUGAAUGAUUAUGGGUACGGCUCUCCAAGCCAACCGUCACCAUCCAUAUCAGCACAAAAAGUGUCUCCGUUCUAUGAGGAAUGGUGGUUUCUGGUGGUGGUUGCUCUGGUCGGCCUCAUUUUCAUCCUGCUUCUAGUUUUUAUCCUCAUCAUCAGAGGCCAGAGCAAGAAAUAUGCUAAGAAAUCGGACUCAAGCAACAAUUCCAACUGCAAUGCACUGACACAUGGAGAGAUGGUCAGCCUGGACGAGAGCCGCUUCCCUGCCUUGGAACUGAACAAUCGACGGCUGUCCGUCAAAAAUUCCUUCUGCCGCAAAAAUGGUGUCUAUACCAGGUCACCUCCUCGACCCAGUCCAGGCAGUCUGAACUACUCAGAUGAGGAUGUCAGCACCAAGUACAAUGACCUGAUCCCAGCAGAGAGCAGCAGUCUCACAGAGAAGCCCUCAGAGAUCUCAGAUUCACAGGAGGCGCUUGUUUUCUCCUUUAAGACUGGGGGCCUCCAUACUCUUCCAACUCAAAUGGGCAGUGACAGUGAAUACGAGGUGGAACCCAGCCGCCAGAAGACGCAUUCAUUCGUCAACCACUACAUCAGUGACCCCACCUACUACAACUCCUGGCGCAGACAGCAGAAGGGAAUCUCCCGGGUGCAGGCCUACAACUAUACCGAGUCGGAGUCCGGAGAACCCGAACCCUGUGCUCCUCCACCACCUCUACCCCCUCUACCCCCAUUCCCCCCACAGCUCAGUUCCCCUACACCCCAGAGCCAGUCCCAGGCUGGCAGCCUUUUUAGACCCAAAGGCAGCCGGACUCCCACUCCUUCCCAGCAGAGCUCCAACUCACCCAGUCAGCACGGCACUCUUUAUCGGCCCCCGAGCAGCUUGGCCCCAGGUUCCCGGGCCCCCAUCGCUGGCUUCUCCUCCUUUGUUUGAUUGAAUGAAGAUAUCGGUACAUGGAAAAACAAAACAAAGGCAAGGGAUCGCUUACUUUCCCCAAUGCCUGAUCAAACUCACAUCUAUUGAAAAACAUCAGCCCUGGAUUUGUUGUGCUUUACGUGUCAUUGCGAGCAGAUUUGUAUUUUUAUAUACUUUCUUUGAUCACACAUUUUGUUUUCUUUCAUUUAGGUUUUUGUUUUGUUUCUCUGCUUGUGAGUUCAAAGCGUUUCACUCAAAUUGAAAGAUAAUCACUUGGAAAGACAUUUAAACGCGUCGGUGAGCUUCGUUUCUUUUGGUUUGAGGUUUUUUGUGCUGCUUGAACAAACUGCAUGACUUUUAUGUCAUUCAAACAAAUAUUUUCGUUUGCUUUUUAUUUAGAUUUCAUUGGUACUUUUGUUUUAUUGCGUUCCACAAAAGAGUAUUACACCAACACUGAGUCAUGAAUGCUGUACAAAGGCACUGACUCGUGAAAAAGAAAUGGCUAGGGAGAAAAUCUCAGCACUUGGACCACAUCGAGAAAAAUGCUAAAUAGUGAUUUGUACUGUGGUAUUUUUUGUUCUUACACAGAUGACAAAGUACUGCAGUGAUUAUGAGAGGUUAAAGUUCAUUUAACUAGGGACUGUGCACUUAGCACAUGUUUGAGUUGGAAAGCAUCAUUUACUGAUGUCACAGGUCACUUUUCACCAGGCCUCUGAAAAGGCCAAAUUAAGUGCUUCUCGCUAAUCUGUGUUUUGAAUGUUUUUCCGGAGGUGAAAUGUAGAUUGUUCGUAAAGUUGAACACAAGUAUAUUUUCCCUCGUGAAACUUAUGGAAGGCCAAAUAUGUAAGAGUCUGAUUCACUAUGAUAUUAUUAUACUAGUGCUCUGAAUUAUUUCAGAUUCAGAGUCAUUUAUGUUAGCAGCAGGUGUGUAUGUGGGUAUGUGGUGGGGGGUCAUUUGUUGCUCCUUUUGAUUUGACUCUAUGAUGUCAUCCUGAGCUUCAGGUUGCACUUCCGCCGUGCAAACGGUAACGUCGGACACAAACGUCAGUAAACAGCAGCGGAUAUCAGAUAUUUGCCAGCAUCUCAGGUGGAGCUGGAUGUCAAACAUACCCAUCAAAGAUUUCCUGUUCAAAAACCUCUCAGAUUUUCCCUUUCCUGAUCAUCUGGCCAGACGUAACAUCAUAGAACCUGAUGACAUUUCAAAGAUUGUGCAGCCAAGCAAAUGUAUUGUACCCGUGAACUUCAGAUUUUUCUCCACAUCGCUUUGACGCGGCUAUUCAAAGUUACUGAAGAUAAAAGAAAAUGGACAAAGGGACCCAACACAGCCGCAGCAGAGAACUAAACGGCACUUGCGCAGCUUACUUGUGAGGUUAAAUGAUGUUGUUUGCUCUUUCUUUUCCGUGAAGUGAUUUUACUGUCUGUAUAAACAAGGUCAAUCACAUGCUCAGUCUGCCUGAACACAGUAUAUUCCUAAAUAAAUUAUGUUUUCUGCAAA